AUGACGAAAGACCGCCUCCAUUACCGCCUGUCGAGGAAGCAUGCCCACGGCGCGGAGGAGGUGGAGAGGUCUAUCGGCAUCACCUGCUCCCGCUAUGCGCCAGCAGCUCGAACAGCAGAUGCACGCCGCCCCGUGGCGCUCAUGAAGUGGGCCUUCGACGACUACAUAAUGGAGGAGGAGCUAACGAGCGACGCAUUCGUUUCAUCUACCACAGCGGAUGCCAAGCCUCGCACAAGCCUCGUCGUCCGCCUCCUCAGCGAAGGGGUGCCAGACACGGUCGUGGAGCGGCAGCUGCGUGAGCGACUGCCAAAGCACAUGCAGUUUCACUUCCUCUCUCCCGUUGACUUUGUCAGCUGCGCGUCGCGCUAUGUAUGGCUGCGCUGUGAUGGCGCCCACGCUGCCCAACUGCUGAGCGACUCUUUUCAGCGAGAGCAGCUGUGGCACACCGGGGCAGGAGACGUGUACGUCAGUCCUGUUCAGGAGGUGCGUGUCGACUCCAUGGCUGACCAUUUCCCUCCGCACUUGCUUCCCAGCACCCGGUACACUGUCACCCUGCGCAACGUGCAAGGCAGCUUGGGCGAUGUGCUCCCGCAGCUUCGAAGCGUUGCCCAGAAUGGGUUUCUAAACUACUCUCACGCCGCCCGGCACGGUGUUGGGCUUUACUGCGUCUACAAGGACGCGAAGCUGCUGCUGCGUCGCGAGUACGGCGAAUUCCUCCAAAACUACAUGAGGCGCCUCACCGAAGGCACCACCCAGGUCCAGCGAGAGAUGCCCGUGCUGCAGGAGGUCCUCGCCUCACCGCGCAGUUCACGACGUGAUUGGGCCAGCGUGGUUGAAGGGAUGGAAGCUGCCGUCAAAGGUGACGCGCAGGUGUACGCGCGGACGCGGCAGACCGGGGUGUACCCGCCACAUCAUGACCUGCUCCUGGACUUUGUGCGACGGGCAGCAGAUAUCGCCCCGCGUCACCAUGACUCGGCCCAGAUCAUUCGCGAAGCGGUACGUCCGCUCGUGCUGCAGGAGGCACUGCACGCUAUCACAGACGUGCACUUCAACGCACUGGCCUCCCUCCGCUGGCAACGCAGUGGUGACACUGUCGCCGUCGGUGACGUUGUUCGCGUUCGAGACUUGACCCGCCAUGACUCCGCUGAGCCUGAUAACGCGCGAGACGUCUUCGCCGGUGCCGCAGAUCACAUCAACGGUGCAAUGCUCUCUUCGGCGCAUCAAGACUGGUCCGCGUUCUCAGCUGAGGAAAUCGGCGCCGCGCAAACGGCGGUUGCCUACCGUCGUGUGGCCACGAAAGCGGAAGCUUCCCAGUAUUGCCUCACGGAUGUUGUGCUGCCGACGUUUGGCAGAGAUGUGGCUCACCUUCCACUCCUGUCGGAGGAGAGCAGCGACGCCCUCUUUGUCGCCCUCGCACAAGAGCUUCGCGUCGAGGGCCUGGCAGAAAUGCGCCUUGCGCCACGCGCAGCUUUCCGCCCGCUUGUGCAGCUGCCCCUGAACAUGUCGUUUUACCUGGUGGAUGAAAAGCGCGGCUGGGACUGGGAGGAGGAUGCCGGUGCGGCGCGCAUCAAGGCGUCGCUCUACCACGAUCAGGAUGGCAUUCUGCGCUGCCACUCGCCAAUGUCGCGGCGGACGGGGAAGAAUAUGGUUGCACGUCUUGGCAUUCGUGGCGAUACGGCCCGCAAGUUUUUCCUCAAACCGGCACGGAAGCUUGGCAUGACUUGUGUAAUGCAGUUCACGCUGCCAGCAGGAAGUCACGCGACGUCGGCGAUUCGAGAGGCAUUUAUGAUGGCUACCGUCUCACCCUCCGCCAUCUUCCGUCUCCUUGCCGCGAGGUAG